AUGGAACAAAAUAUGCUUAAACGCAGGAUUGUUCAAGCAUAUGAUGAUGAACAUCGAGAGGAUACGAAUUUUAGAGAGAAAAAGAAGCCAGAAGUUACCACAUCUACAAGUACUUCUUUUUUCACAUGGGAUAUUAUUCAAAUCGUACUUGUACAUUGCGUUGCAGGUCUCUUUUUUGGAUAUAAUAUUGGUCUUCCUGGUCCAUACUAUACAUUUGUUAAGAUGAGCUUUGAUUGUGUAUCUACUACAUCAGAAAUUGCUUGCACUUCACUUAAUCAUGAUCACUGUGCUUGGAAGGAGAAUAUGUGUGUUUUUGCUGAGGAUAAAUGUUCUAGCCUUUUAAUUAUGGAUUGCGAUGGAGAAGCUGAUCGUUUCCCAUAUAAGUGUAUGUGGGAUGCUAAAAGGAAGAAAUGUCAGCGAUUACCUGGUUAUACUUCUAUACAAAAUGGGAUAUUCGCUGGAGCAUUAAUAGUUGGUGGUUGUAUCGGAUCUAUGGGGGCAAGUACUAUUCUUUCCUAUUUGGGAAGAAGAAAAACUUUUUUAUUAUGUGGUAUUUUGGCAACUUUUGCAUCUAUAUUAACUCAUACUUCAACGUAUACCGAUCAAUAUAUAAUGGUUAUAGCUGGACGUGUCAUUGCAGGUAUUGCCGCAGGAAUAUUAUGUGUUGGUUCUCCUAUGUAUGUAGAAGAGAUGGUACAACGACCUUAUCGACAAAUUGUUGGUGUAUUUUUUCAAAUUGCAACUACAUUAGGUAUUCUUCUUGUUGCAACAAUGGCAUUUGCAUUAAAUCCACAUGAUUUCUCAGUUAAUAUACAUAUGCAAAUACGUCGACAAGGACUUUGUGCAUUUUCCACUUUUUUCAGUAUAUUGGUAAUUGUUACCGGUUUCUUUAUGAAAGAAAGUCCUUAUUGGAUAGAACAAGUUGUUUGCAAUCGAGGUUUAAGUGAAGAUGCGGAUUCUCUUAGAAACCCUUUAAGUGCAUCAGUAGUGGAAGUUGAUGCUAUUACUCUUGAUAAUACAAAUGAUCCAGGAAGUUCAAGACCAUCAUGGAGUAGUAUGACUCUUCCUUUAUUUACAGCUUUUGUUAUGUGUAUUGCACAACAAAUGACAGGUAUUAAUGCGAUUAUGAAUUAUGCUCCUACUAUUACCGCUGUAAUGGGACUUGCUCCUCUUACAGGAAAUUUUAUUGUUAUGGCUUGGAAUUUUGUUGCCGUUCUUAUUUCUAUACCAGUUUCAUUAAAAUAUCAAGCAGACUACACUUAUAUUUGCGCAGUUUUUGUUACUUCACUCUCUUGUUUGCUAACUGGUAUUCCAUUACUUCCUGCUCUUGACCUUGGAGACACAUUAAAACGUGUUCUCUCAAGUACUGGUAUUGCUAUUUUUAUAGGUGUUUUUGAGAUUGGAAUGGGAAGUUUUUUCUGGGUACUUUCUCAAGGAAUUUUCCCUCUCAAUUUUCGAGAUCGUGGGUCUAGCUUUACUGUACUUAAUCAAUUUCUUCUUAAUAUAUUAAUUAAUGUAGGAUUUCCAAUUGCUGUUGAGAAGAUAUCAGGUGGGUCUUCUUCUGAUCAAGAUAAAGGAAUGGGAGUUGUCUUUAUUUUCUUCGGAUGUGUUGGUCUCCUGUCCGGUGUUUACCUUUCUAUAUUUUUGCGUUUGAGGGAGGUAUGA